AUGCUGGCAUCUAGUGACUUUGCAUCUGCUUCCUGGGAGCUCGUGGUUCGCGUUGACCAUCCAAAUGACGAUGAGCAGAAAGAUGUCACACUGAGAGUGUCCGGAGACCUUCAUGUUGGGGGAGUGAUGCUCAAGUUAGUAGAACAGAUCAACAUAGCCCAAGACUGGUCAGACUUUGCUCUUUGGUGGGAACAGAAGCAUUGCUGGCUUCUGAAAACCCACUGGACCCUGGACAAAUGUGGAGUCCAGGCAGAUGCAAAGCUGCUCUUCACCCCGCAGCAUAAAAUGCUUCGCCUUCGCCUGCCGAAUGCGAAGACAGUGAGAUUGCGAGUGAGCUUCUCAGCUGUGGUUUUUAAAGCUGUCAGUGAUAUCUGCAAAACCCUGAAUAUUAGAAGAUCAGAAGAGCUUUCCUUGUUAAAGCCUUCUGGUGAUUAUUUUAAGAAGAAGAAGAAAAAAGACAAAAAUAAUAAGGAGCCCAUAAUUGAAGAUAUUCUAAACCUGGAAAGUUCUCCAACGAUUUCAGGUUCACCAGUAAGUCCUGGCUUAUACAGUAAAACCAUGACUCCUACCUAUGACCCCAUCAACGGAACACCAGCGUCAUCCACCAUGACUUGGUUCACUGACAGCCCUUUGACCGAACAGAACUGCAGCAUCCUCGCCUUCAGCCAACCCUGCCAGUCACCAGAGGCACUUGCUGAGAUGUUCCAGCCUCGUUCUCUGGUUGACAAAGCCAAGCUUAAUGCAGGUUGGCUGGACUCCUCACGCUCCCUUAUGGAACAAGGCAUCCAAGAGGAUGAGCAGCUGCUGUUACGAUUUAAAUACUACACUUUCUUUGACUUGAAUCCUAAAUACGAUGCUGUUCGAAUAAACCAACUCUAUGAACAAGCCAGGUGGGCCAUUCUUUUAGAAGAAAUUGAUUGCACAGAGGAGGAAAUGUUGAUCUUUGCAGCGCUACAGUAUCACAUUAGCAAACUGUCAUCGUCCGCUGAGAUACAUGAUUUUACAAAUGAGUCUGAGGUUGAUGAAGUAGAAGCAGCACUUUCUAAUUUGGAAGUGACACUAGAAGGUGGAAAAGCAGACGACAUUUUGGAGGACAUUACGGAUAUCCCUAAACUUGCUGAUAAUCUCAAAUUAUUUAGGCCCAAGAAGUUAAUAUUAAAAGCUUUCAAACAAUAUUGGUUUGUCUUUAAAGAUACGUCUAUAGCCUACUUUAAAAAUAAGGAACUUGAACACGGAGAACCAAUAGAAAAACUAAAUCUUAGAGGCUGUGAAGUUGUGCCAGAUGUAAACGUAGCAGGGAGAAAAUACGGAAUCAAGUUACUGAUCCCUGUUGCUGAUGGUAUGAAUGAAGUGUAUUUGAGAUGUGAGCAUGAGAAUCAAUAUGCCCGAUGGAUGGCUGCCUGCAUCUUGGCAUCGAAGGGCAAAACCAUGGCAGACAGCUCCUACCAGCCAGAAGUCCUCAACAUCCUUUCUUUCCUGAGGAUGAAAAACCGGAACUCGGGAUCUCAGGUGGCUUCCAGUCUCGAAAGCAUGGACAUGAACCCAGAAUGUUUUGUGUCACCUCGAUGUGCAAAGAAACACAAGUCUAAACAGCUGGCAGCCCGGAUCCUGGAAGCCCACCAGAACGUGGCACAGAUGCCCCUGGUUGAAGCCAAGCUGCGGUUCAUCCAGGCCUGGCAGUCCCUACCUGAAUUCGGCCUCACCUACUACCUCGUCAGAUUUAAAGGAAGCAAGAAAGAUGACAUUCUGGGAGUUUCCUAUAACAGACUGAUUAGAAUCGAUGCAGCCACCGGGAUCCCGAUUACAACGUGGAGAUUCACAAAUAUGAAACAGUGGAAUGUAAAUUGGGAAAUCCGGCAGGUGGCCAUCGAGUUUGACCAAAACGUCUCCAUUGCAUUCACCUGUCUGAGUGCAGAUUGCAAGGUCGUGCACGAGUACAUCGGCGGCUACAUUUUCUUGUCUACACGCUCCAAGGACCAGAAUGAAACGCUCGACGAGGACCUGUUCCACAAACUGACAGGCGGUCAGGACUGA